AUGUACGGUAUAGCUCUUACGUCAUCUAGUUUCCCUCAAUGGAAAAAUCGCCGAGGCCUUCGCCGGAAGCCUAACUCCAGCCGCGCCUUCGCUUCCUGUCAUCCGUCUCCUGUUGUCCCCGGCCACCACCGGCGCGGCGCUGGGCUACAGCGCCGUGUCGUUUUUCGCUUCGCCUGCGGUCUGCUGUUCCACCGCGCGGUGCUGAUGUCGGGGUCGGCGCUGAGCCCCUGGGCGCUGGUGGAGGCGCCGGCGCGCUACGCCCACGCGGUGGCGCGCCACGCCAACUGCAGCCCCGAGCUGCCGCGCCAGGCGCUGCUGCGCUGCCUGCGCGACCGCCCGCUCGACGCCGGCAGCCUCGCCGCCAGCUUCCUGCUGCGCAAGGCGGCCGUCGCCAAGCUCACCCGCUACGACCUGCUGCAAGGCGUGGUCAAGGCCGAGGCCUACUUCGCCUUCAACGGCGAGGACGUGCAGUACGGCAUCGAGGCGGACCGCAGAUACUGCACGUAUGUGGUAACUCGUGCCAAAGAAUACCUUGCUCUGCAGAAACAAACUUUCAAAACAGUAAGAGAUGUCCAAAAUGUUGAAGACAACGACCUCUGA